AUGGAACAUUUAUCUGUACAAGAGAAAAUUGACAUGAUUCUCAGUUAUGGAGAAAAUGGAAAAAAUGUCGAGCAUGCUGUCACUCUUUAUGUUCAACGUUUUCCAGACAGUGUACGGUCACUCGCUUCUUUUUACCAGGUGCUCAGCAAAUUCACCACUAACGGUAGUGUACAAGCGAAAAAAAGAAAUAGUCCAAAAACUUUUACUGGAGUUAAUAAUGAAAUCGCGGUAUUAGCCACAGUCGCUAAUGACCCGCACGUUAGUAUUCGACACCUAAGCCGUGACUCCGGAACAUCUCAAAGCAGUGUUUUGAGGGUAUUAAAACGUAAUAAAUAUCAUCUGUUUCAUCUUUCACAGCAUGACGAACUUCAAGGCAAUGAUUUUCAGAACCGAAUGACAUUUUAUCAAUGGGCGCUUCAGCAGAUGUAA